ACAAGCUAUCAGCCAAUAGCGAUUGGGUUUUAAUGGUCACAUGGUCACAAUCAACCAAUAGGAGAAGAUGAGAUUCUUUGUGUACCUUUUCACGAUAAUAGCAAAACAGUGUAUGUCUAUGGAGUGAGUGGUGUUAAAUUUGUCAAUUUCAUGACAUUAAAUACGUAAAUGUGUGAAAUUCAGGAUUAUUCUAUCGAGCAUAAGGAUAUUUACUCGAAUAAAUAUUCGUGGUGCUCCGACAUGGAUCUGUACAUCACCGACUCGCUCCAGGACAUGCUGGACAUGGACAUCAAGAGCGAAAUAGCGACAGACCUGAGCAGUAUAUCCGAUUUUCCGGAUUCUCUAGGUCUGAACUUCUCCGAAAUGCCACCGCUGCUAGACAUGGACACAGACAACUCGGUGAUGUGGCUAAACAAUACCUCGUCCAGUUUCGUACACAACCUCGAUCUCUACGGCUCGGAGGCAAACGCCGUCAUGGUGAACCCCAACUCCGUGAUGCCGUCCACCUUCGCCGAAACCCCCGUCAAGAGCAUAGUCAAGGAGGAGGCUUCGAAUGUCCUCCUCACGUCGGCGGCCAACACCAGCACCACCAGCUCCUCCCUCCUUAGUCCCAAACAGGAAAAGAGCCACCUAACAUUCUCCCCCAACGUCAUAAAAGUCAAAGUGGAGCCCGAGGAACCCGCCCCCAAGAAACUCGAGGAGGCCACGCAAAUGGUCAUAUACCUCAGGAAACAGGACAAAACCGUCGUCAAGGACCUAAUUAAAGAUUUGGAUACCACAAAAACGAAAAUAAGCACGGCGCCCGCGACCCCGACGGUGCGAAUAAAAACGACCCAAGCGGAAAUGUUGAAAGUCAACAAGAACUGUUCGAUACUAAACACGAGUCAGAAGAUAACGCAUCCCCUCGGCGCUAAGACGAUCAUCUCGGGCAAUAUACACAUACUGGACGCGCAGCAAUCUAGGACAAUUUUAGCUAAUAAUAAAAACCAGGCGACGAUAUUGAUCGAUAACUCGUUAAGCGGCAGUAGGCAAUUAAUUAAGACUUCCGUCGGCGGCGGUUUCACGGUAGACACGAGUCAGGCUAAAUAUAACAACAACAGUGCGAAGACUUCGGGCGAGUUCCCGAAGCCGGCCUACUCCUACUCCUGUCUGAUCGCCAUGGCGUUGAAAAACUCGAGGACAGGCAGCCUGCCCGUCUCCGAAAUAUACAAUUUUAUGUGUCAACACUUCCCUUACUUCAAAACGGCACCUAACGGCUGGAAGAAUUCAGUUCGACAUAACCUCAGUUUAAAUAAAUGUUUCGAAAAAAUAGAAAAACCCUCAACGAAUGGUAGUCAAAGAAAAGGUUGUUUAUGGGCAAUGAAUCCAUCAAAAGUAGGCAAAAUGGACGAAGAAGUACAGAAAUGGUCAAGAAAGGAUCCUCAGGCUAUAAAGAAAGCUAUGGUGUAUCCAGAGAGUUUAGAAGCGCUAGAGCGGGGCGAGAUGAAGUACAGCGGGUUCGGGAGCGACACGGAGGUGGAGGACGAGGUCGACCCCGACGCCGACCCCGACCUCGACGCCGACCUCGACCUCGACCGCGACGAGCAGGAGGACGACGAGACUGUUGUCGAGCAGGAGGUGUCAGACCAGGAGCUGGAGGUGGAGGAGCUAGAGGUGGACGAGGAGCAGGUGGUGGGGACGGGCAUGGUGGGCGGCACGUACCGCCUGCUCGCGAGACGGCCGCACGACGACAGCGACGUCGAGGUGCUUGAUCAUGAUCACACAUACGAAGAGUUCGACUUCGAAGUAUCGAAACCCGUCAAGUUGGACUUAUCAUUGGGAGAACAUUACACGAUACAACAAAGUAAGCGGGCGAAGACUAGUAUCCUGUAUCAGCCUGUCAGUUCACAAUCGUACGCCAGCCGAAGGAAAACGCCACUCGUGAAUAGGGUCGCACUCGUCUAACGCGGUUAUUGUGUAUAAAGCUGUCUCGCUUUAACAUUUGAGGGAGUUCUCCAUCGAAGAUAAGCCACAUAAAGGUACCGAAAAGAAAUAAUAAAUUUCAAGUAAAUAAAGGCUUCAGCUUAGGCUGAACAUAGGCUUAUAAACAAUGGGGUAGAUGCAAGAGAUACCCAGUCAAAAUAUCUGCAGACUCGCUUUGAUGACGUCAUAAUAUCUGUGCAACGCGGCAUGUCUGUGUUAUUAGCCGAGUCAACAAAUAUUUUUGACUGUGUUGUAACUGGGCUUUCUUCGUUUGGGAUAGUGUUAAGAAUGUCAAGAGCGAUCGUGAUGUAUAACUCUGAUCCUUAUAUUGUUCUGGAUAUAUCGAAUUAUGUCGCACUGAAAAUUAAGGUACAAUUUCGGGCAUCGCGAUCGUCGUCGGUCGCUCGCGACAAUAGUCCAGAGUAUGAAAAUGUAUGGCACCGCUUCCGAGGUACGUGACAGACGUGCGCGGCCAACGAAUGUUGUGAGCCGCCCUUUUCAUACUCUGACUAUUGUCACGAGCGACCGACGACAAUCGUCGAUCGCGAUGCACGGAAUUGUACCUUUAUGCUACAUUUUAAGCCAGUUUUAUAAACGAAACUACGAAAACGCUCUAUCCAGUAUAAUAUCGACGUCAGUUGUAUAUUUGAAGUAGUAUUUCCAGUGAUUGUAAAUUGCAAGGUGAGGUCUGUACCAGAUAUGUGUAUUUACAUUUUUAUUACACUUGUUACAUAUCGUACACUGUAAAAUAUUUUUAAGGAAAACGGUAGCAAGUCUGAUUCGGGUCUUAUGAUCUGAUCUUUCUAAAAGCGAUAUCUAUGCGCGAAGAAUGGGUGAUUCUUUAAGAACAGUAGAGUCUGUCUAGUCGAAGAAAUUCCUGUUCUUUGGACGUAGAUAUCGGUUAUUCGUUAAGUGUCUACUUAAAAUAGUGUUAGGUCGGCGUAUCGACAUCGUCAGUACAAAUAUUUGCUACUAUAGUUAUAUACUUCUCAGUGGAAGUUUCAGUAGGAUAGCGGGUAUAAUAAAUGUUCCCACCGCCUGUACAUAACGUGUGCAACUUACAUAUAUCAGCCCUAUCUGCUCAUUUUACGUUUGAUUGUGUGGACGUAAGUUUUUGUUACGUACGCGCAUUCGACUGUUAAAGUAUGGACGCUAUACUGUUAGCCUAUUUAGAUUUAAGUACUAGAUUUUACACACCGGACUGUAAUAUCUCGAAUCGAUUUUGCUGAACAAAAUAUUGUUUAGUUAUUCCUAUAGUUAAUUAUGCAAUAUUUUACCGCUCUGAGGUUUGCUUGAUCUGAUGGACCUUGUGUUUGUGUAUUAUAAUAAAUAACUGCAAAUACAAUCGUGCAUGCUAACAUCGGACCGGUAAAGUAAACACACCAAUAUUUCAACGGACUUUUUCAUAAUAUUGUGAGUAGUUGAGUAUAUAUUUUGAAAUACUUUACUUGUUAGUAGUAAGCCGUGAAUUAUUAAAGGUAACAAGUAGCCUUUACAUUAAUCUGCAAUAGACUGAUUAAUUUAAUAAUUAUAAGCAACUAACUGCACUUAAUAACAUUUUUACACGAAAAAUCUAUUUAAAAUACCGAGGGAAUAGAGAGGGAAUAGAGUUGAAAUUGUUAAUUUCUAAAUAGAUGACACGAAGUUACAAAAUAAAACACUUAAAAAGUUGUAGAGAUAUGUUCCAAUUUUGUUGUAACUUUCUGCCACUUAUUAGAAAAUAAUCAACAAAUUAAAAAAUAUAACUGGUAAUCAAUUGUUUUAAACAUCAAUUUAUGUUAUCUUCUUCAACUGUCUUUAAGAAGAUAUUAUUGUUUUUGUUUUAUUUAAAAAUAGAGAUCUCUGUUUUGUGGCCGAGACACAUUCCCAGUUUAAAUAACUUAACUGUGGAAGAAUUUAUAAGAAAUUGUGUUAUUAUUUCUUUAAAAAAGCAGUUUCUAUAUACAUUGUAAAACCCUUCUACUUUCGUCGGGGUUUAUAUAUUAAAAUAAUCAUAGGUCGAAUCAGAUAGAUUUUUACCUAAAACACUAACUUAAAAUUAGGAAAAAUAGUUUUGUUUAUAUUCUUUUAAAUUUUUUCUACACGGAUCGAUAUGAUACUCUAAUGAUAAGUAUGUAGCAUAGAAUAUAAGAUGAUCAUAAUUAAUUUGUGUAAAAUAAAUUGAAAAUGUGAUGGAUCGUAAUUCGUAAUCAACUUUUUUGAUAUUAGAUUAGGUUGUGAGUAAAUGCACAUAGGAUUGCAUUAGGAUUAUGGUGUUUUACAUUCGGGUAAAUUGUAAUUAGAAAUUAUUAGAAUAAAAUAGCACAUUGUAACUUAGACGAAUCUGUCAAUAUAGAAAUUCAAGUGUGAUACAAUUAAUCGCCAAUAAUAUUAAUCGAGAAAGUGUAAUCUAAAAUAAUAAUUCAUUCUAAAAUAAAUCAAUUAGCAUUAUUAAAGCUGUGAUACGAAAUAUUAGUAUCGGUGUCACAUGAUAAAAUAAAAUAGUACGAGCUCACUGUCGUUUGAAGUGGAAAUAGUAAAUAAAAAAAUUAAAGAACGGUUACACGUUUCUAAGUUAUCAAAGGCCUCCACAAGGUGUGCUAUUUUCUAGACUUGGGGUGUGAGUCAUGACCUACGCGUGUAUGGCGGUUUGAACUAUGUGAUGUAGCUUGCAGUAUUUAGAUUGGGUCCUAUGUAGAAUAAAGUCCGUUCUCUAGUUUAGGUAUCGUAAAAUAAUCUUAGGUGUGGUCUGUGGUAGGUAUUUCGAAACUAUUUGAGUGCAAUUUACGAAGUACCUAGUGUAUGUCAGAAUUGGGUUACUAAUGCUUUAAUUUUAAUAUUUUUUUGUUAAUUCGAGUAGGUUAUGAACGUGUUAAAAUAUAUAACCAGUAGACUUUGUCAACUGCAUUAUUAGAUUAGUACUGGAAAAUAGGCAAAGUAGUGGUAAACAAUAUGUAAGUAAUGUAUUUUUCCACUGCCAGUAUUUCAGCAUCCAUGAUUUUGUAAGAGUAGUGUAAGUGUAGUGGAUAAUGUAGAAGUAGUGCUAAAAUUUAAGAGGAUAAGUUGAAUGAUUUUUAAUAAUUUUUCGGUAAUAAAAUUGAAAUGAUAAAUA